AUGCGAGGCUUAGCACUGCAGGGAUGGCGCUGCAUGAAGACCAGCGUCAUCCUGAGGAGCAUGUCUGAUUGCAUACGGGAUGCAGUGACCUACGAUGAUGUGCAUGUGGACUUCACUCGGGAAGAGUGGGCUUUGCUGGAUCCUUCCCAGAAGAGUCUCUACAGAGAUGUGAUGAUGGAGACCUGCAGGAACCUCGCUGCUGUAGGGUACAAUUUGGAAGGCCAUAAUAAUGAAGAACAGUGUGAAAGUUCUAGAAGACAUGGAAGGUAA